UACCUCGCUAUCUCCACAAUCAGUUCCCUAGGGAUGUUCACGGAGCAGAUACCAUCUUAAUCUCCCGGUAGCUGGAACCACGGAUAUGCGGAGGUUGCGCGCGUCUUGUUGAUGUUUCAGUUCUUGUGAUGUAAUGUGUCGCCUCAAGGAUGUCUGUAACACUGCUACCUACCUACUUAGCGACCUACAAUGUCAUUAAUUUUUCAACGUAUUGUUGUAAGACACUAAGCAAAUACUCGUGAUGACUUAUGCGCACGACCUAUAUAAUCGUGAGGCAAACUGUAAAAGUGAAACGGUUUGGAUUUUGUAUCAGAGCAUUACAUCAAACGGUACAUUACAUCGCAUCGCGGAGGUACUAUUACUACGAAUAAAAAUAAAGACUACAUAGAUAGGUACGUAAGUAGAGAGCGGGGGGCGCGGCGCAUGAAGAAGUUCGUGCGCACGCGCGGCUCGCGCCCGCAGUCGCCGCUGUCGCCGCCGCCGCUGCCGCUGACGCCCGUGCCGCCGCUCGUCGCGCCCGCUAAGACCAAUGGACAUGCCAAUGGAGUGGGCGCGCGGCGCGGCGACCAGCACUCCACGCUCUCCAGGUACUGGAGCGGGUCGGAGGAGUGCGGAGGCGGCGCGCUGUGGGAGGACGCGGAGUUCCCGCCGGCGCGCGCGCUCGGCGAGCAGCGCCGGUCCGUGCAGUGGCUCCGGCCUCACGAGCUGUGUGCCAACCCGACGUUCUUCGGAGAGAGCUUGGCGGGGGGUGAGGAGGAGGGCGGGGGCGAGGGGAGCGGGGACGACGCCGCCGCCCUCGCCGGACAGUACCUCGACGACGUCGGCGCUGACAGAUGGGUGGUGGAUGCGGAGGGCGCCGGGCCGCUGAGCUGCGGCGCGCUGUGGCGCGCGUGCGCCGCGCUGCGCGGCACUCCGCGGCUGUUGGCGCGCGUGGCCGCGCCGCAUUCCUUCCGGCGCGGCUACUGCGGCCGCUUCCGGUUCCGGUUCUGGGUGUGGGGCGAGUGGCGCGCGGUGGCGGUGGACGACCGGCUGCCGGCGCGCGGCGGCCGGUUGCUGGGCUCGCGCCCGCGCGCCGCCCGGGACUUCACGCUGCCGCUGCUCGAGAAGGCGUACGCUAAACUGCACGGGUCGUACUCGAGCGCGCGGCGCGCGGAGCUGGCGACGUGCCUGCGCGACGUGACGGGGGGCGUGGUGCAGAGCCUGAUGCUGCGCCCGCGCGCCGCCGCCGCCGCCGCCGCCGCCGCCGCCGCGUCUGCGCUCAUCGCCGCCGCGCCGCGCUCCACGCUGCUCGUGGCCACCGCCGCGACCGCAGCGCCCAGGCAGGGGCUGGCUCAGCAGUCCGGUCUGAUCGGCGGGCACCCGUACUGCGUGUGCGGUCUGGCGCGGGUGCGGGCGGCGGAGGAGGCGGCGGGGGAGGCGGGGGAGGAGGCGGGCAUGCUGCUGCGGCUGCGCGCGGCGGCGGGCGGAGCGUGGAGCGGAGCGUGGAGCGCGCACAGCGCCGAGCGCGCCGCGCUGUCCGCCGCCGACCGCGCUCAGCUCGUCACGGACCACGACGAGUUUUGGAUGUCGUUUGGGGACUUCUGCUCGUGGUUCAGUCAGCUGGAGUUAGUGCACGUGGGCCCGGACGACUGGCUGCGGGAGCCGGCGCUGCGCGACCGGCGGCCGUGGCGGGCGGUGCUCGCGCGCCGGCGCUGGCGCCGCGGCUACAACGCCGGCGGACCGCCCUCCGCGCCCACCGCUCAUACCAACCCACAGUUUCACGUGCAGGUCGAGGGCGCGCGCGCGUGCCACGUGGUGGUGGCGGUGACGCAGCAGUACGCGCCCGCGCGCGCGCGGCGGCUGCUGGCGGUGGGCGUGGCCGUGUACGAGUUGCCGGGCCGCCGGCCGCUCGCCGUCACGCACCACUGCCGCGCCAGGGAGCGGCCGCGGUCGCGUGCGCAGGUGGCGACGUUCUUCACGCUGCCGGCGGGGCGCUACGCGGUGGUGCCGCACACGCAGCGCGCGCACGCGGAGGCCGGCUUCCUGCUGCGCGUGCUGACGGACGAGCACGCGCACGUGUGGGAGCUCAACCGCGACAACGCGCUGCUGCAAGACCCGUGGCGCGCGCUCUCGCCCGACCUCCGCCGUCUCGCUGAUGACAUGAGAGCUAUCUUGAAAUGCGAUCAGAUGGAGCCGUUGGACGCGGUGUCCCUGCGCACGGCGCUGCGCCGCGUGUGGCGCUCAGUGCUGCCGUCGCGGCCGUCGCUGGAGCUGAGCCGCGCGCUGGUGGCGCUGCGCGACGCGCGACUCAGCGGACUCGUGGCGGCGCGCGAGCUGCCGGCGCUGUGCGCGCUGCUGGCGAGCUGGACGCGCGCGCUGCACAGCGCGGGCGCGCGCGCGGGCGCCGGCUGCCGCGCGCCGCGGCUGGACGCCUACCGCCUGCGCGAGCUGCUGGCCGCCGCCGGGGUGUCGGCCAGCAACAAGGUGGUGGAGUGCCUGGUGCUGCGCUUCGCUCGCGGCUGCAGCGCCGGCGCCGGCGGCUGGCUGCCGGCCGACGCGGCGCUGGUGGCGCUGGCGCGGCUGCAUCUCGCGCACGAGAGAUACCGAAGCCUGUAUACCAAAAUGAAAUCAAACCCGCUGUCGUUAGAGGAGAUGAUCUUGAUGACUAUCUACUCAUAGCGAACGCCAGGGGGCGCUGUCUUCGCCCCCGCUAGUUCUGUGGUUAUUGUUUUUAUUUCUUUAUAACAAGUACUUAAGCGUAGUAGUAAGGUAUGAGUAAGAUAACAGAGAAGCGUUAUCGACGUCGUGACUCUUAUGAUACUAAUUCCAUGUUAUUUAUUGGCUUUCUAAAUGGUGUGCAAUAAAAUAGAAUUAGUAAUAGACUAGUAGUCGCAGUUUCUCUGUUGUUUGUAAAUAGCUGCACUUCCAGUAUUUAUUACAAAAUCAACUAAAGACAUCUGCCAAAGAGUUCUGUGGAUGGCGCAUAGUCUGCAGUACAAAUAUAUUUCUAUUUAAAGCAACAACUAUUUAUAUUGUAUUCUUGUGUGUUAUUCAUCUGCAUCUAUGUUUGCAAUCAUGCAUAGUGAAUGUUGUGAUAUAACUUUAGGUAGACAUGAUAAUAUAUUAUUUUACUAGCUGAUGCGCGCGACUUCGUUCGCGUAGCCGAACAAUUUUUGGUAAGGAAUCAAAAUUAUUAGAGAAAAAAAUAACAUAAACCCAAAGGCAUAUUAUUUUAUUAUGUACAAAGGUGAUUGUAUAAAAUUUCAUGUUAAAAAUUAACAAUAAACUUCAAAACCAAUGUUCGAUAAUAGUGUGGCAACACUUUUGUAUUUCUACAAAAACUUUCGUCGUGACGCGAGUUACACUUGUGCAAUUUGAAAUACAUUUUGUUUUUGUGAUUGUA